AACCAUUAUUCCCCUUUCCUCGAUCCCCUUCUUGACUUGUGCGUCCUCGACCUCGUGCCUUGUUCCUCCUUGCCAUGGCUUCCUCUUCCUGAGCGCAAACAUUGCUCGCGGCCAUGGGCACCAAUCCCUCACAGAACCACCAUCUCCAGGUCACCCAGUUCUCGCUCCCCAAGAAGCAAUUCGUCGCCUAUGGUCUCUACGCCCUCAUCCCUCUCGCGCUCCUCCAUUACCUGCUCUUCUACCCAUUGGCCACAGCCAAGCCGCCAGUACAGCUGCCGCAGCUGCAAGAGGAUGCGCCAGCCUUCGUCCCGUCUCAGCACGGCCAUGCGCCGGUGAAUGCGGAUGAGCAGCUGCCACCGCCCUCUCCCCACCGACAAGACGAAGUAUUGGGGAAUAGCCCAGCCGGAGAAGCAGUGUCGGCAUCUCCGCCAUGUGACUACGCCGAUGGCGAGUGGGUGCCGGACGCGCGCCCGCCGCUGUACAACGGAACAAGCUGCGGCACUAUCAAGGACGGCCAGAACUGCAUGGCGCACGGCCGGCCGGACACCGGGUACCUCUACUGGCGAUGGCGGCCGCAGCGGUGCGACCUCCCGGCCUUCUCCCCGGCGGCGUUCCUCCGGUGGCUCCGCAACAGGCACCUGGCCUUCGUCGGCGACUCCCUGGCGCGCAACCAGGGAGAGUCCCUGCUCUGCCUGCUCUCUUCCCACUCCACGCCCGAGCUCGUGUACCGGGACGGCGAGGAGAACAAGUUCCGGCGGUGGGUGUUCCACGAGUACAACGCGACCGUGUCCAUCUUCUGGUCGCCGCUGCUGGUGAAGGUCGUCGAGAAGGCGGAGCACGCCGGGGUGCGGCACAACAACGUGUUCCUGGACGCGUUCGACGAGCGGUGGAUGUCGCAGCUGGGCGCCCUGGACGCGGCCGUCCUGUCCGUCGGGCACUGGUUCCUGAUCCCAGGAAUCUACCACGACGCCGGGAACGUCGUGGGCUGCCACGACUGCGCCGGGCUGAACCACACCGAGACGGACUUCUUCGGCGUGUUCAAGGAGGCCGUGCAUCGGACGCUGGCCGAGGUCACCCGGCGGCAGGUCGCGGACACGAGCAAGAAGAAGAAGGUGAUCGCGUUCACCACGUUCUCGCCCGCGCAUUUCCAAGGGGAUUGGGACAAGACCGGCGCGUGCCCCGAGAAGCGCCCGUACAAGGAGAAGGAGGUGGGAUACACUGAGACGGCGAUGAGGAAGACAGUCGUGGAUGCGGUCGCCGCGGCCAAUGCCGAUGCCGAUGCCGGCGGGCUGCGGUUCGCGGCGCUUGACGUGACGAAGCUGGCCAACCUGCGGCCGGACGGACACCCCGGGCCGUACAUGCGCAACGACCCGUUCGCCGGCGGCGGCGAGGACGCCCGGGUGCAGAACGACUGCGUGCACUGGUGCAUGCCGGGCCCGAUCGACACGUUCAACGAGAUCCUUCUGCAGACCGUCGUGGGGUGAGCCGUGAGGUGAGCACGAUGGCCGACACAUCUCUCAUCAGGGGUUCGGUUGUCCCUAGUCCAGGAAACCCGGAAUUUUGGCGACGUGGGUUUGUUUUUGGCAACGUGGGUGUGAACUCUGAAUCAUGGGUGUGUGCACGAUGACCUUCCAUCUGGCCAUCUUUUUUGGGUCUGAAUUCUGAAUAGUUUUGUUGUUCUACACAUGGUGUCGUUUUCUGAGGAAUCUGUGCCUGUAACAUUGCAGUCUGUAAUUGUAACAUUGUUUAGAAAAAUAGGGGCGAAACCCCCCGGCUCCAUUGAUAAUGAAACCAGAGUAACAAA